AUGUCUUUUGGUGUUUCAUUAUCUCAGCUGAUCUCAUCAGCUAAUAAUUCGAUUAUUAAAUCUGGAAUUGAUAAACUGGAUGAAUAUUUAGGUGGAUCAUUCCAGAAUAGAUCAAUAUACGAAAUUUAUGGUCCUCCAGGGAUUGGUAAGACUAGAUUAGGUGUACAAAUAGUAAAUAACUUUCUUCGAUCAAAUCAUUCAAACAAAGGAAGUAAUGUGUUAUGGAUCGACACAAACAAAACAAUAGCUGCGAAUAACUUUGCUGAUCUGUCAACUUAUGAUAAAAUGUACCAUGUUCAAAUUACCAAGAUAUCUGAGUUAACUUUCUUUUUUACUAAAUUAUUACAACAUCUUAAAAUAGAAAAUGAACAGAAUUCAGAAGAACCCCAUGACAAUAAUUCCUACAAGUUGAUAAUAAUCGAUGGAUUUUCUAACAUAAUAAAUAAUCAUCUGAAUUAUAUAUGUAAAAGAAUGAACACAAAUAUAGACACUAGUAUACAUGAAAUUAAAUGCAGGCAUUUAAUAAUGCUUUUGACAGUUUUGACUAAAUUUACACAUUCCAAUGGAUCUACUGUAAUAUUCCUGAAUAACUGUAUGAAUACAGCGUUUAGUCUGGAUUUUGAUAUUACCGCCCAAGACAAUAAUUUAACUUCUGUCGAUGGAAGUAACUUCUUAGUUAGAAGUGCAACAUCUAAUGAUCCCAGAAAAAGUGUUCAAGUCCUAAAGAGUGAACUGGUUAGUAAUAUUGGUAUAGGGACUAGAGAUUCUAGGUGGGAAGUAUUUAUUAAGAAUAGAAUUGGUCUGUUUUGGGAUUGGGAACAUAAAGGAAAAUUGCAUGGUACCCAUUACAAAGGUAACUACAAUAAACUAAGAGUAGCGAUAAUCUCAAACAUUGAAGAAGUUUCUUCCAGAAAAGUUGAAAAUAAGGAAAGAGAUAGUAGUCCACAAGAGGAUCUGGAAUUGGCAAUUAAUUCAAGAGUUAAACCAUCUCAUCAUCCUACAUUGGAGAAUACUAUAAAAGUGUAUGUUAACGACGAAGGUGAAUUUUGUUCUUCGAGUGGUCUUGCAUCCCAAAGAAAUAAAAAAAGAUCAAAAUCACCAGAUCCUACAGUGACAAAAAAGAAACAGAGCAGUUAUAUAGAUUUCCAGAGCUCAAUAAAUGAGGAACAAUCUUCUCAAGCGUCUCAAGCUACCCCAACAAAUGUUGAUCAAUCUUUUAUAUCGACAUUAGAAGAAGCAAAUGACUAUAGUGAUAUUGUAGAGGAGAAUGAUGAAAUCAUUUAUGAUAGUGAAGGUUAA